AUGCGCCACUCUGAGUCCCAGUCCCGCUUCCGAGCGGCGCUCUGCCUCCGUACCCCCGCCUUCCUCCGUCCUCUCGGCUUCCUGCCCCGGGUCCCAGAGGAGGAGGCCGCAGGCUCGGUGGAGUUCAGGCUGAGCGGCCACCGAGGGCACACCACCAUGCUCUCCAACCCAAAGGGGCCCUCUGCCAUGCAGGCCCCUGCCCAUGGCCGGCUGGGGUUGACGGCCGGAGCCCAGGCCUGCCGUGGUGGCAGAGGCCACUCAGGGGCCAGAGGGGCCUCAGUGCAGGCCGGCAUGGGGGCCCUGGGCCUUCGGCCCUUCCUGUCUGGAGUCCUGCUCUCGGCCCUGGGAUGGGCAGCCUCACCUCAACGCCCAGCCACCCAGGCUGACCUGCCGCUCCACUCACCAGGCCGGGAGCGCGAUGCGCAACUUCAGGCUGAGGGAGCCAGGCCCAGGCAGGGGACCCGGAACAGCCAGCUCUGGGUGGUGGUGAGGCCCCUCCGUGCGGCGGAACAAGGGACCGACAGAGCCGGAGGGCCCAGCCAGUCCACGGCCACGCGGGCUCGAACCCAGCGCCAGCGCGCAGCCCCCAACGUGAACUCGCAGCUCCGAGCCGGGCAGCCCGGCUCCGCCCUCUCACCCAGCUCCGGGCGUGGAGCCAAGCCCGAGGGCCCCAGGCUCCUUCCUGUCCCUUUCAGUAAGCGCCACGGCCCCACAUCCACACCGGGCCACCCCACCUCCCAGGCGGGGUCCGGGACACCGCUCUGCCCCGACUCCUCCGUGCUCUGGGCCUGUCCCGGGCUGGGCCCCAGCCCCGACUCCUCCGUGCUCUGGGCCUGUCCCGGGCUGGGCCCCAGCCGCCCCGACUCCUCCGUGCUCUGGGCCUGUCCCGGGCUGGGCCCCAGCCCCGACUCCUCCGUGCUCUGGGCCUGUCCUGAGCUGGGCCCCAGCAUCCCCGACUCCUCCGUGCUCUGGGCCUGUCCUGAGCUGGGCCCCAGCAUCCCCGACUCCUCCGUGCUCUGGGCCUGUCCUGAGCUGGGCCCCAGCCCUGACUCCUCCGUGCUCUGGGCCUGUCCCGAGCUGGGCCCCAGCCCCGACUCCUCCGUGCUCUGGGCCUGUCCCGGGCUGGGCCCCAGCCCCGACUCCUCCGUGCUCUGGGCCUGUCCCGGGCUGGGCCCCAGCAUCCCCGACUCCUCCGUGCUCUGGGCCUGUCCCGGGCUGGGCCCCAGCAUCCCCGACUCCUCCGUGCUCUGGGCCUGUCCUGAGCUGGGCCCCAGCCCCGACUCCUCCGUGCUCUGGGCCUGUCCUGAGCUGGGCCCCAGCCCUGACUCCUCCGUGCUCUGGGCCUGUCCUGAGCUGGGCCCCAGCCCCGACUCCUCCGUGCUCUGGGCCUGUCCUGAGCUGGGCCCCAGCCCUGACUCCUCCGUGCUCUGGGCCUGUCCCGGGCUGGGCCCCAGCAUCCCCGACUCCUCCGUGCUCUGGGCCUGUCCCGGGCUGGGCCCCAGCCGCCCCGACUCCUCCGUGCUCUGGGCCUGUCCUGAGCUGGGCCCCAGCCCUGACUCCUCCGUGCUCUGGGCCUGUCCCGGGCUGGGCCCCAGCCCCGACUCCUCCGUGCUCUGGGCCUGUCCCGGGCUGGGCCCCAGCCCCGACUCCUCCGUGCUCUGGGCCUGUCCCGGGCUGGGCCCCAGCAUCCCCGACUCCUCCGUGCUCUGGGCCUGUCCCGGGCUGGGCCCCAGCCGCCCCGACUCCUCCGUGCUCUGGGCCUGUCCCGGGCUGAGCCUCAGCCCUGACUCCUCCGUGCUCUGGGCCUGUCCCGGGCUGGGCCCCAGCGGCCCACGGGGGAGGCCAGGGCGCAGGCUGGGUCCUGAGGUUUCGGGCGCUGGGCUCUGCCUGGGGGCAGCCCGGGUCCACACUGCAGCCUCCCUGGCUCAGGCGCCCUGCAGGGGUGAGGUGCGGGAGGAGAGACGGCAGCUGGUCCCAGCUCACCCCAACCCCAGGCCGGGGCCGCGGGCGGGCAGCGCAGGCCAAGGAGAGGCAGCGCGUUCACUGCUGGUGACCCAGCUCCUGUCUCCCCACUGCCCCCCAGGACCCCCCGAGGCCUCUGGAGGGCAGCAGGCCAGGGCUCGCCCUCCCCUCUGUCCCUCGUGGCCGGGCCUGCAGCCAGCACCGGCUGGAGGGCGCAGGACAGAGAGACGGUGGGGUGGAGAUGCCGUGCAGCUGUCGGGGGUCCAGGGAGGGCCCCACGUGACCCCCACGGGCGAGCAGGAUGACCCCGGCACCCCUGUGCCCACUGGCCCCCGGGGAGACAGGACCCCCUCCCCCCUCCUCUGCAGCGCGGGGCCCGAGCCCCUGCAGGGCUCCGGAGGGCAGGGGCGGUCGGAUCUUGUCCCCACCCUGGGGCAGCAGGAGGCCUCUGCUGACCCCGGGGAGUAUGGGCUCCUCCGAGACCUGGGCUGCCAAACUCCGGCUCUGGCCGGCUCACCCAGGAGGGCUGGGAACCGGGGUCUUGGCGAGCUUCAGAGGGAGCUCACGGCUGCUCAGGGCCUCGGCCUGAACACCCGACCCUCUCAGAGCAAAGCAGCAGGCUCUGGCCUCCGAGAGGCGGGGCCUGGCAUCUCGCACCUGCCCCAGGAGGGGGCGCUGCGCACGCUGGGGAAGGUGCCAGGAGCUGGGGAGGCUCAGCGGUGCAGAUGGAGGGCUGGACUCGGGACGCCGGUCCAUCUGCUCCGUCCUCCAUCGGCUCCACACCGACACUGCAAGGACCCGCCAUUGCAGCAGUGCGGCUCCCACGCCCCGAGGAGACCGGGGUGUCCCGGGCCCCCUCCAUCCCAAGACCAGGGCUCUCCCCUGCCCCCGGGUUUCCAGUCCCCUCGGGCCCCGGGGGCUCUGGGGAGCCGGGCAGUAGCGGCCCCCCAGUGUCUGCAGGCAGGUGUCCUGAGCCCACGGCCAGCCCGGGGCACUGACGCCACGGAGCCUCCGUGGACCAGACGGGCAGGACCAGGCCAGGCAGGGCACCCAGCCGUCCCGAGCGGGGCUGUGGUCAGCAACGGGCCACGGCUCCCCACGAGGGCCCCAGAGAGCCGCGGUGCACCAGCCACCCCGUCCUCGCUCACAAGCGACGAGUCCGCGGGGACGGACGGGAGGACGGAUGGGAGGACGGCGGCGGACGCCCGCCAGGGCCGCCCCAGCCAGGCAUGGCGCGGCACGCCAGACGCGCUGGCUUCAAUGCCCACACCUCCCCACUCGGCCCCCCUGCUCCUCGGGGCUCGGGGCCCCUGUAGCAGCAAGAGGGGCGCGCUGACGCUCAGGCCCAGCCCCCGACCCGAAGGGGGCCGCCCGCUGCCCACCAGCUCCUUCCUCCCGUCCCUCCGCUCCGCCUGCGCGGCCCCGGCCGGAGCUAGCACCGGAGGAGAUGGGGCCAAGGCCAAGUCCUGUCCCCGGCAGCACCGGGGGCCCCCUCCGGGCGGCUCUGAGAACCGUUCUCACACCUCGCAGCCCUCGCGCUGCCUGCCCAGGGGAGCGCCCAGGACGCAGGGCGGGAAAGUGGGGCAGCGCGGAGCCACGCUGGCCGCCCGGCGGAGCCCGGGCUGCUGUCCGUGGUGCUGA